AGCCUAAGGCAUACAGAAGAUUUUGCUGCAACGCGCACACGACAAGCCUCCAGAUACCUCGAACAACAUGUCUCAGCCGACUAUCAGCAUCGUGGGUGCAGGUAUUGGCGGACUCACACUCGGGCGCUGCCUCCUACAGCGCGGCAUUCGCGCUGUCCUCUAUGAGAAGGCAUCUUCCGGUCCCCGUCACAGCUACGCCAUCACACUACAGUCCUCAUCAUACCGACCGUUACUGAAAGCAUUGAACAUCGACGAGAGUACGUUCAAGAGUCGUGUGGCUGUUGAUGCCGGUAUCGGCGGCUCCGGCAACAUCAACACCGAAGGGUACGGCUAUCGCAACCUCGACUCGGCAUCAUUUCGAGCGAAUCGAAAGAAGUUUGAGGAGCUGCUGAAAGAAGGACUUGAUGUAAAAUGGGAGCAUGCUCUGCAAGAUGUGGAGCAGAAGCCAGGCGAUCGGCUUGUCCUGAACUUCAAUAACGGGCAAUCAGUCCCGACUGAUGUUGUCGUCGAUGUUGAAGGACCCCACUCUGUUAUCCGCAAGCAAUUCCUGUCAUCAGUAAACCCAGACGUCCUGCCAUUCGUGGCAUUCAACGGCAGACGAAAAAUACCCCGGAAGACGUUUGAUGAACUUUACGCUUCGGCAUUCACCGGCACAACGGUCCUGGAGACUAGACAGGACGGCACAGUACUAAAUAUUGGGAUCAACGACGCUACUCAGGACGAAGUAAGUAUCGGCUGGAUCUACUCUCGUCCUGCACAAGGGUCAUCAGACACACUGUACAAGCCCAACCGGCCCAAUGCUGCUGCCAAGGACAUUCCAGAGGAGUUCUUUGCCGAAGUUGGAGCGCUGAAAGAUUUGGCACAUCCGUUUGCUGAUGUAUUCGAUGCUGCCAAGCUGCGCAAUGAGAGGAUAUUGUAUUGGCUGAUGCGCAGCAUUGCCGUGCCUACGAAGGAGCUUCAAACAUUAGGAGAACAGGGGGUCUGGCUAAUGGGUGAUGCCGUACAUGCGGAGCAGAUUAUCGGUGGCGGGGGAGCUAAUGGGGCGAUCGAAGACGGUGUGAGCCUUGCCGAGUGGAUUGCGGACAAGGGCACAGAAGACGUUGCAAGCUGGUACGAUCAGAGGGCUGGAGAUUGGCGUCAAGGGCAAGAGGAGAGCCGCGCAUGUAUUGAUGGCAUACAUGGAGAGCAAGACAUCGACAAGAAACCACAACAACACUUGUAA